AUGUUUGUACGAAAAAUACGGACAAUAAGUGAGAUCGGUAACUUGAAGUAUUUCUAUCUCUUUUCACACCCUCACGUGAGAAAGAGAUCUGUGAAUUCGAGCAAAGGUUACGUGAACACUUUGAAAAAUGACCCUCAGGUGAGAUGGGUAAUGCAACAAAGAGAAUUAAGAAGAACGAAAAGAGACCACUCCUCCCGGCCUGUUAUGAGGCAGUCCAACUUGAUAUCGUUUCCUGAUCCCCUGUUUAAGGAGCAAUGGUAUUUGAACGGCGGUGCGGCAGAUGGCUUGGACAUGAACGUCGGUUAUGCCUGGCGGAAGGGGUACACUGGAAAGGGAGUCGUUAUAACAAUAUUAGAUGACGGCAUCCAACCGAAUCACCCGGACCUGGCGCAGAAUUACGACCCAGCGGCAUCUACUGACAUCAACGGGAACGACACGGACCCGACACCGCAAGACAACGGAGAUAAUAAACAUGGCACCAGGUGCGCGGGGGAGGUGGCCGCCGUCGCUUACAACCGUUUCUGUGGCGUAGGCAUCGCGUACAAUGCCAGCAUCGGAGGAGUCAGAAUGCUAGACGGCCUUGUUAACGACGCAGUGGAAGCGCAAGCAUUGAGUUUCAACACUCACCACAUAGACAUCUACAGCGCGUCUUGGGGGCCGGAAGACGACGGAAAAACGGUCGACGGGCCGGGCCCUUUAGCGCGAAGAGCAUUCAUAAAUGGGGUUACUAACGGGCGGGGCGGAAAAGGCUCUAUUUUUAUAUGGGCAUCAGGAAACGGCGGUCGGCACACGGAUUCAUGUAAUUGUGACGGUUACGCCAACAGUAUAUUUACGAUAUCUAUAUCUAGCGCAACCCAAGGCGGGUAUAAGCCUUGGUAUUUAGAGGAGUGCUCCUCCACUCUAGCGUCUACGUACAGCUCGGGCACACCGGGUCGAGAUAAGAGCGUGGCCACAGUGGAUAUGGAUGUGCAAUUACGCCCCGAACAUAUAUGCACCGUCGAUCACACAGGCACCUCGGCGUCCGCCCCACUCGCCGCGGGAAUUUGCGCUCUAGCUCUGGAGGCGAAUUCUGUACUCACUUGGCGUGACAUGCAGCAUUUAAUCGUAAUGACGUCUCGACCGCAGCCUCUAGAGAAGGAGGAGGGGUGGAUCGUAAACGGCGUGAAGCGGAAGGUGAGCCAUAAGUUCGGUUACGGCUUAAUGGAUGCGGGUCAAAUGGUGUCCCUGGCGGAACAAUGGUUAAGUGUACCGCCGCAACAUAUUUGCAAGUCGCAGGAAAUAAACGAGGACAGGUCCAUUGAAACUUCUUUCGGAUACACAAUUUCCGUGCAUAUGGACGUGAAUGGCUGUAGUGGCACUAUGAAUGAGGUCAGAUUUCUGGAACAUGUUCAAUGUAAAAUUUCACUCAGCUUUUUUCCCAGAGGGAAUUUACGGAUAUUGCUCACGUCGCCGAUGGGGACUACGUCCACACUUUUGUUCGAGAGGACACACGAUGCGACCAGCUCGAAUUUCGACGACUGGCCGUUCCUAAGUGUCCAUUUUUGGGGAGAAAAUGCCGAGGGACGAUGGACCCUACAGAUAAUAAACGCCGGCAAUAAUCACGUGACGCAGCCAGGAGUAUUGAAAAAAUGGCAGCUUAUUUUCUACGGUACAGCGACGAACCCGAUAAGAUUGAGGAAUAAAAACUAUUUCGACUCGAAUAACAGUCAGCAGGAGGAAAAAACCUAUCACAUUAACGAUGUAUAUGACGCGUCCGAAUAUUCCCAGUUCCUAAACGAAAUUGAACUGGGCAUAUCGGAUCGACACAACUAUCCGAAAAAUAUCCCCUCCUCGCAGAGGAAAAACGUGCUGGCAGAUGCAAACGAUAAACAAGUACAGAGAAUGUGUGAUCCGGAGUGUGACUCUCAAGGUUGUUAUGGAAAGGGGCCAACUCAAUGUGUCGCCUGUAAGCAUUAUCGUUUAGAUAACUCGUGUGUAUCAAGAUGUCCGCCGCGGAGUUUCGUAAAUCAGGGCGGUGUGUGCUGGCCCUGUCAUGAGUCAUGCGAGACUUGUGCCGGGGCGGGGCAGGACUCGUGUCUGACGUGUGCCCCCGCACAUCUUCUCGUUAUCGACUUGGCCGUUUGUUUACAACAGUGCCCCGACGGCUAUUAUGAAGAUCCGGACGCGAACGCUUGUUUUCCCUGCGCCGAGCACUGUGACACUUGCACAGAGAAGGCUGAUCUAUGCUCCUCGUGUGCACAUAGCUACGUUUUGUACAAUGGCUCCUGUUUGGCCACUUGCCCACCUGGGACGUUUCAGAAGGAUGACUUUGGUUGCAUGCCAUGUCAUGAGUUAUGUGAAUCGUGUAGAGGCCCCGAAGAAAUGGAAUGCGUUUCGUGCAGAAUUGGCUACUACGCUUUAGAAGGCAGAUGUAUAUCUAAAUGUCCUGAGGGAUUUUACGCCGACGUACAAAAGAGGGAAUGCGUAAAGUGCCCCAUCGGAUGCUCGGUCUGUUCAAACGCAAUAUGUUCUGUUUGUAAACCGAAAUGGUUGCUCACAAAAGGAGGUAAUUGUUUCCCAAAUGGAAACGGAAAAUGCGACACAAACGAAUAUUAUGAAGGAGGACGCUGCAAAAACUGUCAUUCCACUUGCGAGAAAUGUAGCGGACCGAACGAAUGGGACUGUUUAUCUUGUUCGAGUCCGUUGUUAUUGCAGGGAUCGAGGUGCGUCGCGGAAUGCGGACAAGGGUUCUAUCAGACGGCGGGUAGCUGUACUCCGUGUCCGUUGACUUGUACCAAUUGCGUUUCGAGAUUGAACUGUUCAUCUUGUGCGGGGGCAUUACGACUGCAAUCCGGGACGUGCCGCGCGACAUGUGCUCCGGGGUAUUACCCGGAUGAAGCGAUAUGUUCCAAAUGUUACUUGUCGUGUGAAACAUGCACCGGGGCUAGACGGAAUCAGUGUGCAUCCUGCCCGCCCGAUUGGAGGUUGGCGGCUGGUGAAUGUAGACCAGAGUGUCCGCAGAACUUUUUCUCUUGGGGUGACAGUUGUAGACGUUGCCACCAUUACUGCCAGGAUUGUUAUGGAGCUGGACCGCAGCGGUGUACGUCGUGCCCCCCGCAUUUUUCUCUAGAGAACGGGUUAUGUGUGGAGUGCCUUAGUUCUCAGUACUAUGAGCCUAGAACGAGAACUUGCCGUCCGUGCCACGAUUCAUGCAGGUCUUGCUCUGGACCUGGACCGACUAGCUGCGUUACGUGUGCGCAUCCUUUACGCUUAGAUAGAGUUAACCACAAAUGUUUGCCGUGCUGUACGGAGAAUAUGGUGUCGUUGUAUUUGAGUAGCAAUCAAUCAUCUGAUUGUUGUCACUGUGACAGGGACAUUGGAGGCUGUUUAAACGGUUCAUCUGCGGGUAAGCGGCGCAUUGCGGAGAACAUUGGGUCACAUAUGACCGCGUCGUUUUUUGUCGACGACGCAAAAACCAAGCCAAAUAUCUUGGAUCGUGAUUUAUUGAUGGCGUGGAGCGGCGCUGCCACCGUUCUUCUGGUCGUAGCUCUUGCGAUUGUGAUAAGGACUAGAAUCAAACGUCGAAAUCAACUCACUUUGUACCCAAAAGCGGUUUACUCUCAACUGACCACGGUCGAUGAAGAUCUAACAAGUCUGUCUCUGUCUAACACUAGCAAACUGAAAGUGACAGAGUGCGCUAUGAGCAAUGAAGAACCAACUUAG